AUGAUAGCAACACUUCCCAGUGCCUCGCAUGCUGCUUGGCUCGAGUCCCUUGACGAGGAUUGGCCUUCGUCGCCUCUUUCCAACGGAGAACUGCCAUCCGAUCACGAAAACAUCGAUAGCCCAACCAGAGAUGGCCGCGAUGCGCCGCUGGGGGUCUCUGGACGCACAAAGCUCGAGUCGCGACACAGCUUAAGGAGCCCUCAGCAGGACAAGGCAGCGGGUUCCGUCCGAUUCUCCAAUGCGAACAAGACCAAGGACACUGCUGUGGCCGACUUCAACUCUGACAAUCACGUGCUCAGAGAAGAGAGCGCCAAUGACUCGAACAGGCGCAGCAGUAUACUCAUGAUGAACAACAAGUCACCUACAUUCUCUUCUCGAGGGAGCCAGAGGAGCUUUGGCGGCAGCGUGAGAAGAGGCAGUCGCCGCGACUCUUCGGCCUCCGAUGGAUCAGUGGUCCGCCAUCCAGGCCUUGGGGAGGAGCGUGUUGCCGCAGCGUCAAACCAAACACCGGAGUGGAAGCGUCGCUUGGUCCUGGGUGGCUUGCAAUAUGGCGAGCAGCGUGAUCUGUUCUCAUCUGCAGCCAACGGCUUGCAGGACAUGUUCAACCCCCCUCCUGCUGACUUUGCGGACAACGACGAGAACAUUGCAAUGAGCCCAGCCGCUGUGGAACCAGAGACAAGUCCCGCCACUUAUGAAAAUCGUCGAGCCAGCUAUGAUCUCGCAGAGGAAGUUUUCAAGAUGGAGCAGGAGGAAUGCGAAAGCCCCGAUUUUGACCGCCUCGCUUCGCCAAGUCCCAGUCCUCGACGACCGAAGCGACAGAAUGCUUCGUGCCCUAGUAGUUCCUACCACGAGAAUACACACUCACCGUCCUUGAGCCUCGCGGCAGGACGUACAAAGGCCAUGGUGCCCGAGGUCAGGAUUUACAGGGACGCGAGCUGCUUCACUGCAUCAUCUGCUGGCAGGAACAUGCGUGCCAAUAAUAGUGGCCACAACGACAGCAAUGAGAGCUUCAGCGAGAUAAAAUUGGGCGUGGAGAAGGACGCAACAGGUCAAUUGCAAUUCACUCCUCGUGUCCUACCUGGGUCUAAAUCUAGAUACACAUCUAGGCCCAGCCACCCACCUCGGCGCUUGGCCAGUUCCUUGCAGACACUGGGGCAUCAUGACCUCACACAAAGGUUGGAAAGACUCCGCCUCAAUCAGGACAGCGCCCUGUACAAGGAGAAUCGGAGAUUUGCCAGGGAUUCUUCCGCAGGCAUUCUCAAACACCACGACGGCGCAGAACUCACACAGCGCGAGGUGACCAUCGCUGAAGAUGUCUCUGAGCUCGGCGCCGCCCGGUCCUCUGCCAACACUGACCAAGGCACAACGUCAGCUCCUAACCAAUCUCUACAAUUCGAUAAUCAAUCCUCGCACUUUGACCCCAACGAUUCCAACAUUAUCAUGAACUCGACACCGCUGAGCAGGUUCACCAUGUCCUGCAAAAGUCGACAACAGCCAGAGAUGGAAAACAACGGUGACAGCUUCACAUUCGACAGCGGGGCGUCCUACGGGGAUCAGCCGCAAACCGAAGAUUCGGGCUCACUUCAGCCCCGUGAUUCUGUGUCUUACAAUGAGGGGGGUCAACUGGGCCAAGGCGAACACACAAUGUCUCCCCAGCACGAAGAGCUGUCCGACACUGAUAACCGUGAACAGCACCAAGCCGUCGAUGUGUCACACGGUCUCAGUCCGCUUCACUAUAGGGCGCCCGGUAGCCCUUUGAAGCUUUUUGGGCCUUACGACACCUAUACCAACAAGACGUUACUCCGACGUAUCAGUCAAUUUGAGGAGGGGACACCGUAUACAUCUUCUGCUCACGAACCGUCCGAGGUUGAGGAGGGGAUCGAACCAGUGAAACGGCCGGCUCACAUCCGGACCCCGGCAAAACAGUCACAGAUGCGCGACAGCUCGAGUCCCGAGGACUUUGGGUCGGGUAAGCUGGACGGCUACAAGUUCACGACCUCGCUCCGAUCCCCUAUGCUAGACCAGCAGUCCUCAGCCCACAAGCCGACCGACGAUGGUUUAUCACACGGGUACAUGCGGAAACAGGUGCAUCUCACGCGACCAGGCUCAUCAUCAAGCGAAGGAUCAGGGAUCUUCGUUCGACGUCGGCGAGAGCGUGCCGGGACGCUGUCAAGUCAAUCCAAUGUGGAGUUUGGGGGUAAACGACCGCGCACAUCUCCUGAAAAGGUGUCCACUCCCAAGAGGAGACGGACGCAUCAGGAGAGAACGCAGGACUUCCUCGAUGAAGCCACAAGGAUCAUGGCUGCCAUUAGAAACCAAGUUCAUGGCGACGAGAGUGUGGCUUAUGAGUCGGGCUCAGAGUCGGAACGAGAGCCAUUCUCCCGCCCGCCCAGUCGAGGUGAACCACUGCCAUCGCGGCGCAAUGUCUUUGCUGAACAAACACCUGAAAUCGCCGCCCGGUUGAGACGCUACAAGGAGGCGACUAGUGACAUGGAUGAGCUCGUAUCGAACGAGCCAUCCUCCCCUGGUUCACGCGAGCUGCUGAGUCCGCGGAGCCAGGGAUCUGGCAAUGAGCAAGACAGUUACGGAGCAUAUCGUCUACCAAUGGUGCCAUCAUUCGCGGAUGCGAUCGUGAGCGACAUACCAAAUGUGCGUAUCUCGACCAACCCCAAUACUCGCUACUCGGCGCAGUCGUACAACUCGUUUGGAUUCGACCUCCACAGCAACGGCUCUUAUCGAACAGGCUCCUCGCGCGGUUCUGACACCAGGAGAACCAUUGUGCCUGAAAGCGUCUCGCACCUCAUAGGUGACCGAGUUGGAAGUAUGCGUCUGGACAAGGGGAAUAAUGUGUGGGUCAAGGAGAAGGGCUUUGUUCAAGAGACAUGCGCUCCAGUACCACAAAGCGAUAGCGAGGACGAUCCGUUUGCCAGUAUUCCCGACCUGUCAGUGGACGCAGUGCGCGAGCUGGACCAUCUCAAUCUGGCCUCGCCACGUAAGGAAAGCACCGUUGCAAACAUGGGGCAGCUUCGAGCACCCGACAGCUCUACGCCAGCACGGCCCAAGGUUACCUUCCGGCCAGCGUCACGAAUCGAUGAGCAGGACGAAGAUAGCACCGUGGAACUUCCUCAUCACCAAUCGGAAGUCCGACUUUCGAAUCAGCAGCUUAGCCUCGUCGCGGAGCAGAGUCUCGUCAGCCAUCAUUAUCCUACGCCUGACGGUGCUCAUGCCAACGUCAGCCUUGUCCUGAACCAAACGCCUAUCCAUGGGAGCGGCCUCGACAGGGUGCGCCACAACGCAUUGUCCCUCCGGCGAGAGGACGAGGCGAUCAUUGGAAGCAACGUUGGCAAACUCUCGCUGAGUCCUCUAUCCGACUUUACCUUCCAUCAUAAGAAUGACCAGUCGUUCGGAUUCGAGGUCAGCUAUGUGAUGGGCGACCGGCAUUUCAAGACGGGCAAUGACGCGCAGCCGACCAUGUCAAUCAGCCUCAGGACACUUGUAGAGAAGCUUGCACAAGCCGAGCCGCAAGAGUCGUACUGGGAGGAGCUGACCGAGCUAGACCUGAGCGGCAUGGAUAUCGCAAGUAUACACCAGCUGGAUGAAUUCUGCCCCAGGCUCGUGAAGCUCGACGUUUCCCAGAAUGCCCUCUCGAACCUUGCCGGGAUCCCGGCCACGGUGAGGGAGCUCAAGGUCUGCGGCAACCGGCUCACGGAACUGACGAGCUGGGAUCAUCUACCCAACCUGCAGUAUGUUGACUGCUCCCAAAAUGAUCUCCGAAGCCUGUCUGGACUCCGCAAUCUGCAUCACCUGCGCAGCAUCAAAGCCGACAAGAAUCACCUCAAGAGCAUCAACGACCUCGAUAAACACGCAGGCUUGCUGUCUCUUCGCGCUCGGGACAACGAGAUUGAGGAGGCCGAUUUUGCGCGGUGCCAGCUCGCACGGGUCACCGAGGUCGACCUCGAAGGGAACAGCAUCAUGUGGGCGCGCAACUUGCAUUGGGCCCCUGCUUUAGCUCAUGUCAAGCUUGCCAGGAACUGCCUGCGCCAGUUGGAGUUCAAGAGUGUCGUCCCGGGCCUGAAGCAUCUAGACAUCAGUCACAACCAGGUCGCGUCCAUUGACUUGACGAACGUGCCGAAUCUCACACUUUUCCAUGCCGAUAGCAACCGGUUCGGUGAUGUUCGGGGCUGCGACGUCACGCGGAGACUGGACAGCCUCUCGCUCCGGGAACAGCAAGGGGAGCAGCCAAUCGACAUGAGUUUCUUGACCGCUGCCAACGAAGUACGGAAGCUCUACCUGUCUGGCAACUUUAUAGGUGCCUUUGCGCCGCGGGUGGACAUGCUCAACCUUCAGCUCUUGGAGCUGGCUAGCUGCGGGCUGCAGUUCCUGCCCGGCAACCUGGGCCAGCUGAUGCCGAAUCUGAGGAGCGUGAAUCUCAACUUCAACUCGAUCCCCGACAUUCAGUGCCUCGCCUUCAUUCCGAGAUUGAAGAAGCUACUGGUGGCAGGGAAUCAGAUCAAGGAUGCCAGAGUUAUGGAAGAGCUGGUCUCCAUGUUCCCGCACCUGACGCACGUGGACACCCGAGACAACCCUUUCACCCAGGGAUUCUAUGUGCCACUGUGCUCGCUCUCCUCGGAAGGCCGGCACGACCCGUUUGUCUUGCCCGAGGCCGAUGCACAGAAGGACGCUGCAUUUGCAGGUCGUUUGAUUAUGGAGAUGAAGAUGAGGCGGAGAGUGCACCAUAUUGCGUUUGCUGCUAGGUGCAAGAAGCUCAGAAUGCUGGACGGCCUGGAAAUGUCCACCAAGAAGGCACUGGCACAGGACGACAUAUUGCGCAAGCUUACGGAGGCUGACAUUGUGCCCCUACUUGGGGGCGAGGAGGAAUAA